CUGAAGCACCUUUAGAAGCCCAGUCUGUAUAUUGUAAUCCAUUUAGAAGUAAAUUAAUCUGUAAAGGUUAAUUGUUCAAAACCUCUUCUUCUCUUGGAGCUGUUCACUGUUCCCAGCAGCUAUUGUGAAGAAGGAUGACCGUCACAUUCUGUGCAUCGCUGCAGUUAAGAACAUUCUGGCGCCAAAGACAUCUCUCCAUAAUAAAUGCAAAUUACCGGUUAAAGCCGGUAACGGCUCUACGGGUGCAGCUGAAGAGGUUAAAGAGGCUCCGAUUAAUGGAAACGCUCAUCAGUGUACAACAACUGUCCAAUAUAAUAAUAAUAAUAAUUUUUUUUAUAUAGCUUCUUAUAAAAAAAAACAGCAUUUAUAACGUGCUUUGACAGACAAUAAAGUCAGUUGUCACAUCUGCUUUAAAUAAAGUAUUCGUUCGUGCUCUUUAAGACCAAGAAUACUUCUGUUUUAAUGGUUAAAAAAAUAUUAAAACUUAAUGUCAAAGAAUUUAAAUGAAUAAAUAGUUUCUAAAGGAAGAUAAAAGUCUAUACAUUCAUGUAGAAUUCAUGACUUUUUUGAAACUUAACGUUGCAGUAAUUGACAGAAAAUCCCAAAAAUUGAAAGCAAAAAUGCCUCACUGUCUACCAGCUUCUCCAACAAACCAAAUGACUGUUACUGAAUAUCUUCUGGUUUUGGGUUCAGACAUCUCAAAUAGUUUUAAAGGAAGUUAUCCAGCGCAUUCAUCAUGAACGUAAUGAUGUUUCAGUAGCUUUUAAAUAAAUGACAACGUGAACGUUGCAUUCACUUCCCUGGUCCCGGUCGGGGACUCCGUCUGUUUUUACAGCCGUCUUUAGAGGUUCUGUUUGUUUAAGAGGAGAAAUGGCAAACACGACUGAACCUGGGACUUUUAUUACCCACAAUCCACUAAAGGGAGUUGACCCGUCUUGUUAAGUCUUUGACCAGAAACCACAGAUACUUCCAGAUAAGAAGGAACGGGCUUUGAAUUGAAUACAAAAGGAGUAUUUAGAGGUCUGAAAAUACAAUUAAAUACUCGUAUUCUAAUUUCUGUGUCCAAUAAAAUCCUUCUAACAAGACUGUCUUCGUGGACGUGAUCUUCAUCAGUGUGAGAUCUCGUGGUUCACUUCCUCCUUCGGUAACAACAGUCGUGUUGUUGUUGUUAACGGUCCACCCCCGUCUCAUUCCCGCAGGGCGAUGUUCAUGAGCGGCCUCAGCGAGAGCAAGCAGACCCACGUCCACCUGAGGAACGUGGACCCGGCCACGCUGCAGAUCAUCAUCACCUACGCCUACACAGGCAACCUGGCCAUCAGCGACAGCACCGUGGAGCCGCUGUACGAGACCGCCUGCUUCCUGCAGGUGGAGGACGUCCUGCUGCAGUGCAGAGACUACCUGGUGAAGAAGAUAAACGCCGAGAACUGUGUCCGCAUGCUGAGCAUCGGCGACCUGUUCAGCUGCAGCGAGCUCAAGCAGUGCGCCAAGCGCAUGGUGGAGCACAAGUUCCCCAUGGUGUACCGGCAGGAGGCCUUCCUCCAGCUGUCCCACGAGCUGCUGGUAGACGUCCUGUGCAGCGACAACCUCAACGUGGAGAAGGAGGAGACGGUGCGCGAGGCGGCUAUGCUGUGGCUGGAGUACAACAUGGAGGCGCGCUCGCAGCACCUGUCCUCCGUGCUCAGUCAGAUCCGCAUCGACGCGCUGUCCGAGGUGACGCAGCGCGCCUGGUUCCAGGGUCUGCCGCCCAACGACAAGUCGGUGGUGGUGCAGGGCCUCUACAAGUCCAUGCCCAAGUUCUUCAAGCCUCGGCUGGGCAUGACCAAGGAGGAGAUGCUCAUCUUCAUGGAGGCCAUGUCAGAGACGCAGGGCGACGGGUACGUGAUGUCCGGGUCCCUGCCCACUAUGGUGGUGUGCUACAGCCCGCAGGCGGAGAAAGUGUACAAGCUCAACAACCCCCCGGGAGACCUGCAGAAGGUGGGCACCCUCGUCACGCCGGACAACGACGUGUUCAUCGCCGGCGGACAGAUCCCCCUCAAGAACUCCAUCACCAACCACGGCAAGAGCGGGAAGCUACAGGCGGUCUUCCGCUCGGUCGACAGCUUCUUCUGGUUCGACGCCCAGCAGAACGCCUGGGUGCCCAAGACCCCCAUGCUGUGCGCCCGGAUCAAGCCCUCGCUGGUCCACUGCGAGGGCUACAUCUACGCCAUCGGCGGGGACAACGUGGGUGGGGAGCUGAACAAGCGCACGGUGGAGCGCUACGACUGCGAGAAGGACGAGUGGAGCAUGAUGAGCCCGCUGCCCUUCGCCUGGAACUGGAGCACCUCGGUGGUGGCGCACGACCGCAUCUACGUGAUGACCCACGACCUGAUGUACUGCUACUUCCCGCGUGCCGACACCUGGGUGGAGAUGGCCAUGCGCAAGACCAGCCGCUGCUUCGCCUCCGCGGCAUCCUUCGGUGACCUCGUCUUCUACAUCGGCGGCCUCCACGUGGUCAGCAACUCCGGCGUCCGCCUGCCCACCAGCACCAUCGACGGCUCCUCCGUGACUGUGGAGAUCUACGACGUCAACAAGAACGAGUGGCGCCAGGCCGCCAACAUCCCCGCCAAGCGCUACUCGGACCCGUGCCUGCGCGCGGUGGUGCUGCUCAACUCGCUGUGCAUUUUCAUGCGCGAGACCCACAUGAACGAGCGUGCCAAGUACGCCAUCUACCAGUACGACAUGGAGCUGGACCGCUGGUACCUGCGGCAGCCCGUGUCCGAGCGCGUGCUCUGGGACCUGGGGAAGGACUUCCGCUGUGCGGUGGGGAAGCUGUACCCGUCCUGUCUGGAGGAGUCCCCCUGGAAACCCCCCACUUACCUCUUCUCCCCCGACGGAGCCGAGGAGUUCGAGGUGGACGGGGAGUUGGUGACCCUCCCCCACGUAUAGCUCUGACCCCCCCCCCCCUCCCUCGCUGACUGAACCAGGAAUCUGUGCCGCUGAGGGACGAACAAGGGAGGAGGGUUUGUGGAGGGAUCUUUGGACUUUGAGGAGGCUCACGUUAGCUUCAGCUGUUGCUGAUGAACGAUGCAG